UCUUCUUCUUCCUUCGAAGCUCCCAUUUCUUCCAACAACCAAUCCUUCUUUAAUGUUCAUAACCAAAGAGCUCAAACCGCUCUCCAAUGGCCCUCUCUUUAUCCCUACAACUCAUUCGCUUCCCUCCUCAACCUCCAUCCCCAUCCUCUCACCUCGCCUCUCUCUCCCGCUUCUUCCCAUCUCCAUGCCUUUCCUCUUUCGCUCCGUCCCGAGACUAUGCCGUCAAGUUAUCUUCCAGAACAAAGUGUUUCUCCAUGUCCACUGAGGAGGACAAGUGGAGUGAAUCUGAUGCGUUUGUCUCCGAUGUCGACGAAGGGGGAGAUCUUGAGGAUGACAUUGAUAUUAGUGUUCGGGAAGACAGCCCUGUGGCCACUGCUGCUUCUGCGCAGAGGAUUUCUUCUUCACCCAGUGAUUAUCUCUCGCUUGCGAUUCGUGAGCAGGUUUAUGAGGUGUUAGAGGUUAAAGCUAAUGGAACCGUAUCCACCAGGAAGGUUAACAGACGGCAGCUGUUGAAGUCAAGUGGGCUUCGUCCUCGUGAUGUCCGAAGUGUUGAUCCAUCUUUAUUUUUGACAAACUCAAUGCCUACAUUACUGGUACGUGAACAUGCUAUUUUGCUUAAUCUGGGAUCGUUGCGAGCAAUAGCCAUGCAGGAUUGUGUCCUCAUAUUCGAUCAUAACCGUCCAGGAGGACAAGCUUUUAUUGAAUCAUUGUUGCCUCGAUUGAACCCAAAAAACAUGAAUGGGGUGCCAGCAAUGCCAUUUGAACUCGAGGUUGUUGAAGCUGCAUUGCUUUCACGAACUCAGCGUUUGGAGCAACGACUAAUGAAAGUAGAACCUCGUGUUCAAGCUCUGCUUGAGGUAUUGCCCAACAAAUUAACUGCAGAUGUGUUGGAACAACUUCGUAUUAGCAAGCAGACACUGGUUGAAUUAGGUUCCAGAGCAGGGGCUCUGAGACAAAUGCUUCUUGAUCUUCUGGAGGAUCCGCUAGAAAUACGGCGCAUCUGUAUUAUGGGUAGAAAUUGCACGUUGAAUAAAAGAAAUGAUGAUGUGGAGUGCACUCUUCCUUUGGAUAAGCAGAUUGCUGAUGACGAGGAAGAAGAAAUAGAAAUGCUGUUGGAAAAUUAUCUCCAGAGAUGCGAAUCUUGUCAUGGUCAGGCUGAAAGGCUUCUGGAUUCUGCAAAAGAAAUGGAAGAUUCAAUUGCCGUAAAUUUAAGCUCACGGAGACUAGAGGUUAGCAGAGUGGAAUUGCUUCUCCAAGUUGGGACAUUUUGUGUGGCAGUUGGUGCUUUAGUUGCAGGAAUAUUCGGCAUGAACUUACGAUCAUACCUUGAAGAACACGUGUUUGCUUUUUGGUUAACAACAGCUGGGAUAAUCGUCGGUGCUGUUGUUGCAUUCUUUCUCAUGUAUUCAUAUCUCAGAGAUAGGAGAAUCCUAUAGCUAACUUGUUCAGAUCAACGACCACACACUGAUCUAGAUACUCGUGGAAUACUUGGUUCAAUAGGGUGCAGAAGGUUGCAGGGCGUUUGUCAAGUUGAAGGGCAUUACGAGGAACUCGAAGGGCCCAUACAUUGUUACGCAAGUAGUCUUUGGUUCAUCCCCUUGUGCUAUUCGAACCUGGUAAUAGUCUGACCGGAGGUCGAGCUUCGUAAAAUACCGAGCUCCAUUCAAUUGGGUGUUGAGUAUGUGUUUGUAAAUAUGUCAGGGAAUGAGAAUGUUAAACGUGUGUUAGUAAUGUAUCUCAGUCUGCUAGGGUUAAGAGUUUAUGUAAGACUUAUCUCACGUUUGUUAAUAAAUGGGUUGCACUGGACUUGUUUAUUAUUUCUUUUUCUGGAAUUGGGUUAUUGGCUUUUGUGUGUAUUUUUUAGCAAUAGUAUUGGAGGUUAGGGUCAGCAGGUGUCGUCGAGUAACUAGGGACGAGAUUUGUUGACUUCCCGCCACUUUCUGGGCUUAUAGCAGGUGGACUGUGAGGGGGUGUUCACAAUGUCCAGACGAAGAGGAAUAAGUAAAUGUUAAUGUCUGCUUAAUGUU